UUAGGCCUUUCGGUUUGCGCGGGCCCGCGGGCCUGCUGCAGGGAGGGUGGGAGCUGUCGCAGCCGCUCACGGGAGGAGUUUCAUGAGACUUAUUUGAUAUUGAACUGUGUGGUGGUCCCCCCACCCCGAGGCCUAUGGUACCCUGGGACACUGCUAAAUUAAGACUUUCCUGCAGAUGGAGGAACUGGAGCAAGGCCUGUUGAUGCAGCCGUGGGCAUGGCUACAGCUUGCCGAAAACUCCCUCUUGGUUAAGGCUUAUGUCACCAAGCAAGGCUAUGCCUUGCUGGUUUCAGAUCUUCAUGAGGUGUGGCAUGAACAGGUGGAUGCUAGUGUGGUCAGCCAGCGAGGCAAGGAGCUGAACAAGCGCCUGACUGCUCCCCCUGAGGCUUUUCUCUGUCAUUUGGAUGAUCUGCUUCGCCCUCUGUUGAAGGACAUUGUUUGCCCUGGAAAAGCUACCUUCUCCUGUGAUCGUGUGGCGGAGGCACUGAUACUACGGGUACGGAGUGAGCUCUCUGGUCUCCCCUUCUAUUGGAAUUUUCACUGCAUUCUAGCUAGCCCUUCCCUGGUCUCCCAGCAUUUGAUUCGUCCUCUGAUGGGCAUGAGUCUGGCAUUGCAGUGCCAAGUGAGGGAGCUGGCAACAUUGCUUUGUAUGAAGGAUCUAGAGAUCCAGGACUACCAGGAGAGUGGGGCUACACUGAGCCGAGAUCGGUUGAAGACAGAGCCAUUUGAAGAAAAUUCCUUCUUGGAACAGUUUAUGGUAGAGAAACUUCCAGAGGCAUGCAGUGUUGGUGAUGGGAAGCCCUUUGUCAGGAGUCUACAGAAUCUGUAUAUGGCAGUCACCAAACAAGAGGUCCAGGUGAGGCAGAAGCAUCAAAAUGCCGGAGAUCCUCAGACCUCAAAUAGUGCCUCCCCACAAGGAACUGAUAGCCAAUUUCUGAGCCAGCCUGAAGAGCCGGUUUCCUCAGCACCAUCCCUCCCAGGGCCUGACACAGAGCCCACAGGUACUUCAGUCCCUGCGAAGAGACCUCAGCUGUCCAAGGUCAAGAGGAAGAAGCUAAGGGGACUCUUCAGUUAAAUUGUCACUAUCUCAACUGCUGAGGAUGGACCUGGAGAACAGUUCCUGGUACCACCUUGAAAGGAGCCCCAGGGACAGCAGGAUCUCUGACACAGUCACAUAGUCAGAGGCAGGAUCACUGAAGUUCAUGUUCUCUGAAUGGGUGCUAUCAACUGAGGGAGUCUUGGCUUCAACCCAUUGGGCGUUGGUCUUCCCUAUCUGAGUGGAAGCUAGUCUCUGGAAACCCCACACCCCCCUCUUUUUUGGUGGAGGUUCUCUAGACCCAGUACCCUACCAUGGGCCUUAGGUAUAUAGGACAAGUUAGCAAAAAGGCACAACAUGCUUAGGAAACCUCGUCUAUCUUUCUCAGGAGUCCCUACCCAAUUCCAGGUGCUCCUCAGAGACCCACUUCUCUCUUUAGCAUGGAACAAAAACCCCUCACACUCCCCUCUUUUGAGAGUACUUAUUUUGUAGAACACAUUACCUACUUCACUCUACUGGAUCCCACCCCACUAUUGUCUCUGGAUAAAGACAGGCACUCAGUCCAGUC